AUGACUCGUCUUUUUUCAGUCAUUGGCCUUUUGGCCUUGCACGUGCUCAGCGUUGGUGCGCAGGACGUUCCUUCUGACACGGCCUGUGUGGGCACAUGCUACGGUACCGUGGCGAGCCAAUUCAGCACCUUUGGCUGCAGCUCCGGCUCCGACUGGAGCUGCAUGUGCGUCAACGAUGCCUUCAGAAACGGUAUCAAGGACUGUGCCGUCAACGGCUGCGCCGCCACGUCAGACCAAGCCUUCACCUGGCUUGACAGCGAUUCCGACUGCUCAAGCGUGACCCCCAUCGAUGGUGGUGAUACUUCAAGCUCCGCCGUGUCAACGGCCACCGAGUCAACGGCCACCGAGUCAACGGCCACCGAGUCAACAGCCACCGCAACCUCCUCCACCAGCACACCUGAGUCCACCCCGUCCGCCACUGUGACCCCUGCUGCAUCCGCGACAGCUUCGAGUACAGACGCACCAGAAGAGACCUCUGCCUCCGAGACUUCGUCGUCGGCGAGUGCUCCCACGGGGGCCGCCGUGGGUGGCAAGGAGGAUAGCAACGACGAGACUGCCCCUAGUGGCGGUCUGUCUUCUGGCGCUGCCGCUGGUAUCGGAGUCGGUGUGGCCGUCUGCGUCAUUGCCGUUGCCGUUGUCGCUAUUGCCCUCAUCAGGAACCGUAAGCGCAAGCAAAUCAUGGGGCACGAAUCCGACCGUGACAUGGGCCCCGCUGCUGCCGCCGCCGCCGCUUCCGCCGCCGCCGCCUCUCAGCGUUACAACGAGAAGCGCUCGGGUGACUCCAUCGAGAUGAUGGCCAACCGCUAUGAGGAUAUGGUGCCCCGUACGAAGCCGCGAAACAUGGUAUAA